CCCUUUGCAGUUUGGUUGGUUGGAAUUUUGUCCAGUCUUAGCUUCCAAUUCCACAACUGGACAAACUUGGUUUCCAGUCCCCUGUUUAGUACGGAGAGUAUCGCUAUUCGCUCUUUGGACGGAUAAUGGCGGUGGUUCCCACUUCUGCAGGGAGGAUCCCCAAACGGCAUCGUUUGAGUUGCCAUGGUGCGUCCAGUGCUUAAUACAUGUAAUUAUCACUUUCCAUUGAUGGGGGCCAAUAUAUUUGUUGAUUAGAAACUAAAAGAUUACGCUUUUUAAAAAGGACCAUUACUUUAAUUAUUACUGCAUUUCCCUGACAUAAUCCAGAAAUUGGGCAAUUACGACCAGAAUGUAUUACAAUGGGAAACUGCUGAUAGGGAACUUGGAAGACAGAACCAGCCAUUGUUUCUGACUUAGGUCCCGUUUUUACCUAGAAACUAGGGAUCGUUUUUUCUCUUUUAAUUUGCUAAAAAUGAAAACUAAGUGGAUCACUGUUUUGCUGUUCUUUAAAGUUAAAAAUUAGCUUUGGUAACGAAGUUAAAAGCUGUAAAUGGCGUCGUCCUAGGUUCAGUUGUUUUUGGCGAAUCAAGUUGCUAUAUUUUACGGAAUUGGCAAAUCUUUUUUACUUCAUGAUAUCACCAGGCUUUUUUAGGAUAAAGGAGUUUGGGCUUUUUUACUCCUAAAAUUUUGAGGAGUCUCUGUCUUAUUCUAAAGCAAAUCUCCAAGUGGUUUCGUUUUGGGGGUCUUACCUAAUCUAACUAUGACAUGAUGGAUUAAAUGAACUAAAAGUAGGAUAUGGAUAUGAGUUUGGCCUCAUAAGCAACCUCUUUAAACAAUUAUUAUAUGGCUGAGAAAAUUUCAGGAAAAGUAGGAUGUGGGGCACCCUGUACUAGUGAGGCAUCUUUUUCCACUAAGCAUAAAAGGAGACCUUUCUCACUUUCCUGUUACCAUCUAAAGACCCUUUCUUCACCCUCCAAACUGAAGCAUCUCAAAAGAUGGGCUUGUUCUAUCAGUAGUUCGGUUACAACAGUAGGCUGCAGGUGCUGUUCCUAGAUCCUUUUCCUCUAGUUUUUAGCCUCUUCCUCGCCUUUUCAGAUUGAACCCUGGUGACCUUCUUUGUACGAAGACGUUUCACUUUCAGUGUUUACAUAACGGAUAAAGAAGCUAUGGUUCUUCCUGGUCUGGCUAAGAAGGAGGUCAGGAGAGUUGAAUUCAACAAGCCAAAGAGCUUGUUGCUUCCUGGAACUAGCCUUGCCUCUGUUGAAUCCUUAUCGAUGCCUCUUGUCCACGAAGUUGUUCUCGCUGCAGAUAUUCGAUGCGCAGGGUGUCAAAGGAGAAUAGCUGACAUAAUGUCAAGAAUGAGUGACUCUGUUUUGGUAAAUGUGUUGGAGAAGAAGGUAACACUCACCUGUACUUACCCUGGUAUCGUCAAGUUACCUUCAAGGCAAGUUCCUGUUAUUUACAGGAAUCCUGUAAGCACAAUGGCCAUGAUCAAGAGGUUCUUUCGCUCUUCCCGAAGGUGAAAUCCAAUCAAGAAACAUCCAAUAUGCUUCAGAAGUCUUCACAUAAACAUUUUUCUGUUGUAGCCUGAAUGCCCUGUAUAUACUUUUUGUUGUACAAAGAAAAUAAUCAGUUUGGUCAUGUCUCACCUGUAUAUAGAAAAACACACUGAAUAGUUGGAUGUGUUUAAAAUGAUCAGCCGAUUUCUUGAUCUUUGUUGUACUUUCUUUACUUUCAUUGCUGAGUGAAAGUAUUAUAUGUCUUGUCUUUCAGGCAAAACUAAAAUCGGAAGUAACUGAUGCUUAAAUUUAAUGCAAACAGAAACCUUUGUAAAUAAGAAAAGGAUACUUCAUAAUCAUGUACAGGGUAACACAACAUUUACAUGAAGGGAGGCUUCUUUUAAUUUCUUGAUAUUUAAGUCACGAUGAAUCAACCGAGAAUCGGAUUCCAAAAUGAAACCAAGGAAUUCCCAUGAGAGAGCCAAAGGUGGAAAUAUUCUUGGUCCUUGAUCCCUUGAAUUCUCUAAUUUCUACAUAUAAUUUUCCAAAGCUUUUGAAAACCAUCAAAACCAAUUCCUAUCAUUGAUCUCGAUUCUUUUCAGUUCCCAACUCCAUGUCAGGAAGGACAAGUUUAAGACAGCAUCUUUAUGAGCCAUUCCUUCUUUUUCCCUGCUAUUUUUAAAGCUAGCUAUUAGCUAACACUAAUGAAGCCAGCCUUUAUCACACCUUGAAAAGCUUACAUGAAAAGGAAUUCUGAAGAAUUAUGAUAUAUUGUUGCUGUUUUCAAUCUUUUAACCAUAUGAUUCUGAACAUACAAAUGAGUAGCAUAUCUCAAAUUCCACAUUUUGGGAAUGAACUGACUAAGCAACUCGCUUUUUCCUUUUAUUUAUGGGCUGUUAGGGUGAAGGUGGUUGUGGUUUUUUUUCUUUAUCUUUGAUUAGUCUUUCACUUUUUGCCAAUCAACACAUAUAAAUCAACUUUUCCCCUAGUUUAGAAAGCAAAAAGAAAGAUUCAGUGAAUAAUGCAUUUUCAACUUUUCAUAAUGGCUUGUUUUAGCACAUUGAUGUAAUAAUCUUUUUUUAAUUUUGAA